AGUGUAGAGCAUGGAUACCCCUGAACCACGCAAAGGCCAUCGAUAUUUAUCUUGUGAGUUCACGGCUGAGAGCGAGUCAUCAACAAGGCCAAGACUUUUCUUUGUGUUAGUGAAAAGUACAUUUUUUUCUUCUUUUUUCCCACGAAACGAGCGUGGGUUUAUACCCAAACUGACAUGGAAUGAUCCUGUAAGACCACAGACAAGCUCCAAAAGUUCACCUCUGACCAGACAAUCAUGAACACACUCUCUACUGGGCUUUUCCAAGGUUUCAGAAUUUUUGAGCUAGACAUGUGUGCACUUGGAGACUACCCAUCUUUCUUUUAUUUUUCUUAUCAAGAACAGUGCAUGUUGUGCUGGUGAUAGCGUGAGGCGAAUCUUCAAAACCCAUUAUUUACACAAGAAGAUCAAGCAAACCCACAUCUGCUUCUCAAUCUCAAGCCCAAGUCCCAUCUUCUCUUCUCUGUCUUGUGCGGCAACAAUAGCAGUGAUGCCAGAGGAAACAGAGGAGGUUUUAGAUGCAGAAAAAGCUGCUUUGCUUGUCAAUGACCUUAGAAGGAGCUUUAGCUCUGGCAAGACCAGAAGCUACGAAUGGAGAGUCUCCCAAUUGAAGAGUAUUGCAAAGAUGUUGGAAGAUAAAGAGAAGGAGAUUAAAGAAGCUCUUCAUAAGGACCUCUCCAAACCCGAACUCGAAUCCUUCGUCUCUGAGAUUGCUAUGACAAAGUCCUCUUGUAAGUUGGCAAUUCAAGAGUUGAAAAAUUGGAUGAAACCGGACAAGGUAAAAACUCCACUGUCAACAUAUCCAUCGUCGGCAGAAACUGUAUCAGAACCUCUUGGAGUUGUGCUGGUCAUCUCAACUUGGAACUAUCCAUUUUUGCUAUCGCUUGAUCCGGUCAUUGGAGCUAUUGCAGCGGGUAAUGCCGUCGUCCUGAAGCCAUCAGAGAUUGCUCCUGCCACAUCCUCACUACUUUCAGAAUUAUUAGAGGAAUAUAUUGACAUCUCUGCACUGAGAGUCGUUGAGGGGGCUGUCGCAGAAACAGCUGCAUUACUGGAGCAAAAGUGGGAUAAAAUAUUCUACACAGGAAGUGGAAGAGUAGGACGCAUUGUGAUGGCUGCUGCUGCCAAGCAUUUAACUCCUGUUGUUCUGGAGCUCGGAGGAAAAUGUCCUGCCAUUGUUGAUUCUAGUGUCAACUUACAAGUUACUGCGAAAAGGAUCAUAGGAGGCAAGUGGGUAGCAAAUAAUGGACAGGCUUGCAUUUCUGUUGAUCAUAUCAUAACAACAAAAGAAUUUGCUCCAAAACUCAUAGAAGCUCUGAGAAAUGAACUGGAAGAAUUUUUCGGGAGGGAGCCAAUGGAAUCGAAAGACCUGUCCCGCAUUGUGAACUCAUACCACUUUGCACGUCUUGCAAGGCUUUUGGAUGAGGAUGUUGUAUCUGAAAAAAUCGUCCAUGGAGGCCAAAGAGAUGAGACCAAAUUAAGGAUAGCACCAACCAUAUUGUUGGAUGUUCCAGAGGACUCUGCAAUGAUGCAAGAAGAAAUAUUUGGCCCAUUGCUACCCAUCUGUACUGUGGAGAACAUAGAGGAUGCCUUUGAUAUGGUAACAUCAAGACCAAAGCCUCUUGUUGCAUAUGUCUUCACCAACGACGAGCGGAUGAAGAAAGAAUUUGUGCAAAACGUAUCAGCUGGAGGAUUGCUUAUUAAUGACACUAUCCUUCAUGUCACGGUUUCUACGUUACCUUUCGGAGGAGUCGGAGAGAGUGGAAUGGGAUCAUACCAUGGAAAAUUCUCUUUUGAUGCUUUUAGCCACAAGAAGGCAGUGAUGUAUAGAAGCUUUGAAGGAGAUUCAGCUCUGAGGUAUCCACCAUACACAACUAAGAAGGAAAGGUUAUUGAAAGCCAUUUUCAGUGGUAACAUAUUUGGGAUAAUACUUGCUUUGAUGGGUUGGUCCACAAACUGAGUGAUGGAUCAUCAACAGGGAUGGAUUCUCUUGACGUAGUUUCUGCAAUUCACAAAUUUGUUUAAUCUUGUAAUAUAUAUAUAUUUAUUAAUACGGAAAAUGACAUAUUAAUGCCCACUUUAUAAAAGUUAGACACUUAGGUCAAAGGAAAAAAACAUUUUGCCAUAUAAGUACCUCUUUUUCA